CUCGCAACUACUGGCCCAACUGCUUCCCCACGACUUCGUUCACCCCGCCCUUCUCCAGUCAUCCCCACCAUCCCGGCGGCCGGCGGACGACAGCGUGAGGUCGAACCUCGACGGCUAGAGCAUGCAGCAGUCACGCGCAUGGUCGUCCCUUGCGCGCGGCAUAGCGCGCCGCCUCUCCGGGGGAGCGCCGUCAGCUCCGAUUUCUCCUCUCCAGUCCGCGGCAAUCUCCACCGGGUCAGCCUGCCUGCUUGCUCGCCAGGACGGAGGUUUUGUUCAUGGUGGGUUCAUGGAUUCCAUUCGUAUUGGUGGUGUUGUGAUACCUAACCACAAGAGGGUGGAGUACGCACUUCAAUCCAUCCACGGCAUUGGCCGGGCACGCGCCCGUCAGAUCCUUUCAGAGCUCAAUUUGGAGAACAAGGUCACCAAAGACCUCUCCAAGGAGGAGAUCAUCACCCUCCGUGAGGGGAUCGCAAAGUACAUGAUUGAAACAGACCUAAGACGGUUUAAGAGUGCGGCGGUCGAGAGAUUGGAAGGGAUUAGAUGCUACAGGGGCAUCCGGCAUGCGGAUGCUCUCCCGGUACGUGGCCAGAGAACAAAGACCAAUGGCAGGACUCGCAAGGAAAAGAGGGCUUGAGUUGCCAACAAGUCGUUUGCGGCCUCCCCGGAAUAAUUAGUCAUGCUGCCAUUAUUUAGCUCCUUUUUUGGUUUUGUUUGUACUGCAUUACCGCGCUACUGUUAAUCGACAGUUAAUCUGAUAAUAAAUGCUAGGUGCCUCCCAGCCUGGACUUUCCGAACUUUCAAAUUCAACUAGUUUGGUUUGGUUAAA